AUGCCCAAUUCGACACACGACGUCUCGGUUGCCGUACGCACACUCACGGCUGGCGCCGACGUCUGGGAUGGCAAGUGCCAGUUCGCCAUCCGCGGUGGUGGUCACACCCCGUUCAAGGGCGCUGCAAACAUGGAGAACGGUAUUGUUCUUGACCUGAAGAAUCUACCUGCUUUGGGGAUCUCUGUGGACCACAAAACUAUCACAAUGAGUCCCAGUCAGACUUGGGACCAAGUCACGGAGCAGCUUGAUCCCUUUGAUCUAAGCACCCUCGGCGCUCGAGUUGCUGGCGUAGGUGUAGGUGGUGCCGUGCUUGGCUGCGGAACGUCCUUUUUCUCUCCCCGCUACGGGUUCAUCUGCGACGUGGUUGAGGAAUUCGAGGUUGUUCUCGCCAACGGAGAUAUCGUCCAAGCCAGCGCGAACCGGCACCCUGAUCUGUGGAAGGCCCUCAGAGGCGGUGCCAACAAUUUUGGCGUCGUCACCGCGAUCACCAUGAAGACAUUUUCCCAGGGCAAAUUUUGGGGCGGCCAAACCUUCCACGACAUCUCCACGCGCAAGGAGCACUUCAAGGCCCACGAGGAUCUCGCAUCUAUGCACCCUUAUGAUCCAUAUGCCCACUACAUCAACAACCUGGUUCUCAGCAACGCAACAAGAAGCUGGUUCAUUGGCAACAGCCUGCAGUACACCAAAAGCAAUCCUCCCGUCGUUGAGCCCGAGGUCUUCAAACCGCUGUUGGCUAUCGAGCAAAAGCCCCUAUUUCCUGGUGGUCCCUCGAACACUAUCCGCGUCUACAAUGUCACAUCAAUCUCUCGCGAGUACGCCGCCCUAGCGACAUAUCCGAAGCGCUGGAUCUUCGCUACGGUCAGUUUUGCUCCUUCGGCAGACAUGAUGGAGGAGUUCUUUCAGAUGGCGGACAAGGCUUUCACGCCUUUGCUAGAUCUUGAUGGUUUCGCAGUUGCCAUGGCUUACCAGCCCAUCCCCAGCGUCAUGUCCGAGCGUCAUGGUGCUGUGGAUUCCCUUGGACCUAUUCAGACACAGGGGAAUAUCAUCUACGUUCACUUGGGCGUCUCCGUCGACGAAGACGAGAAAGACAGUGAUGAAACAAUUGAAAAAACGGUCCAACAGCUCGUCAACGACGCCGAGGCGAAGGCGAAGAAGAUGGGGGAGUACAGAAGCUAUCUUCAAACGACGUACGCCGAGAGCUGGCAGAAUCCCAUUGAGCGCCGAAGCCAGAGCACCUUGGAAGAGCUUCUGGCAACGAGCAACAAGUACGAUCCUCGUCAAGUUUUCCAGAAGCAGGUUCCUGGGGGAUUCAAGCUACCAAAAGUGUCUUACACUGGAGAGGAGGUGAGGGCGGAUCUGAAGUGA